AUGGAGGGAGAAGAAUCAUAUUUCGAUCCCUUAUUUGAUGCGUACUCUCUUCGUGUAAUAGACUUGCGUGAAAUAUUAAACCAAUACCAGAUAUAUUUUCCAUCCACCGCUAAGAAAGUGCACUUGGUCGAGUUGUUCGACAAGUUACGAAAGGCCAAGCAGGGAUCUCUUUCAAUUCAUGAAUUGCAAAAGGAAAAUGCUCCUCCAAAUCGUAGUCCGCGCCGGAAAUUCUUGGAAAUGACCGCAAUAGACUCUGGAUUUGGUACUCCCUCGACAGCAAAUACCCCAAUGCGCAUUACCAGAAGCUCUGCAAGAGGAAUUGACAAUUCAGCCAGGAAAUUUCUCCCGUUCAAUCAACGGAGCGAGUCUCUUGACGAGGAAGAAGAAGUGGAAAUAUUGAAACAAGAACAGACACACCAAGGGUCCCCUGUCUCAAUUCUUCAUACAGAUACUCAUCAGACCUCUCCGAAACAUUAUAAUUGGGAAGAGCUAAUGGAUACGCCUGCAGUGACACAUUUUCCGGAAGCCCCCAAGGUUCAUCCAGUUCACCCAGUGCAUAAUUUGCACUUUGAGAACUUACAAAAUCGAAAAGAUAAUAUUACAAAAGAAAACAAAGUUUUAGGAAGGUCUUCCAUUCCAACUGUUGAAAUCCCCGUUCAUUCGAGAUCGCCAUCUUCUUCGCAAACUCCCUCAGCCAAUGUGGGAUUGGAACAAAAUUCAUCACCUAAAUUACCAGAUUCCACGUUUUUAGCAAGUCCCACUCUUGCUGUGAGACCUGCAAGGCGUCAUGGAGCCGAAACUCAGACGUCGCCAAUGUUCUUGUCCAAACAUCAAAAGUCAUCGCCGGAUAUUCAGAGCUCUUCUAACACAAGUAUUUAUGCUUCUCCAUUAAAGUCACCGUCAAAGUUUCAAAAUUUUGUGAACCUCUUUCCUUCUCGUCGCACUCCCUUGGGUGAAACAAAUUCGCAAUCCGUCACCCAAACACCACCCCGUGAAUACUUACAGUUUCAAUCUGAUAGUGAACCCGAAUUUUCACCAAAAUCAGUGAAAACUGUUGUAAAUAAAGGCAAUGAUAAAUCUUCGCCCUCUCCAGUCUCUAAUUCCUCAUCAUUGUUUGCUAGUCAUCUAGAGAAUUAUUAUGCCAAGGAUCAAUCGCUUCCUGGAAAAAGUGCAGCAAAUACACCUUUAAGCUUCUUUACUGUUAGAAAUCGGUCAGAAGAAACUUAUUCUCCUAACGAAGAAUUUGCCGAAAGUUUAUUUGCCCAAAAAGGCGUACGGUCUGACACAACAAACCGGGUUCUCAACAACGUCAGUCUUUCAUCUACUGAAAACUCGCUUUUUGGAGAAGAAGAACCUUUGCAAAAGGAUUCUCAAAAGUAUUCUAACAAGAUGGGAAAUUUUCGAAUAUACGGAUUGUUUUUGUCUGUGUUGUUUGUUGCCCUAUCCCUUGCAUUUUGGCAACAGGAAGUUAGACGAGUUGGAUUUUGUGAGACUCCUGAAGAGCCGUAUCCUAGUUAUAUAUCUUCCAUAAAGCCAGAACCUGUACGAUCGACCUUGCAGUCAGUCUAUACAUAUUUGAAUGUCCGAGGACUAAAAGCCAAGUGUAUGCCAUGUCCAUCGUCUGCAAAAUGCGGUAGCAACAGAGACUUUGCGUGUAGUGGUGAGACAAAGCCGCAUAUACCGUUUUUGUCACGUUUUGGAUUCAAGCCUUUUCCUAGCUGUACUAUUCUCGGUUCUGUUACAGACCGCAUAGAAAAUAUGGUCAAGGGAUGUGUUGACAUGGUUGAAGAUUGGUAUACGCAGAAUGAAUCGAAGCCUCAGUUCCCUUCACGACAAGAAUUAUCUCAUAGUCAUUUUCAUUCUUCAGUCAUUGACAAGUUUUAUGAAAAAUUUAAAGACAAAAUGGAUUCAGAAGUUACGAUGGACGAAUUUAAAGUUUACUUCAGGCAGGCUCUAGAAAGGCUCCAUAUCUUGAAGAGAAAAAACAACAGAAUCCCUGAUAGUAUUUUAACAAUGUGUUCUCGCUUUAAAGGCUUGACAAGCUAUUUCAGAGAUAUAAUUAACACUAAUGUUGUCACUACCUUGAAUUCUAAAAGCAGCUCAAUUUCUCAUUCGAUGAUCUCGUUUGUUUCUUCUGUGCAUCAAAAGUUCUCAAUAUUCGAUUUAAGGGCGACACUUCAAUUGACCUACGAUAAUAUCAGAAGCAUGUUUAACCAGUUGAUUACAAGCUUGAGUGGAAUGGGCUUUGAAUUGCUUGCAAAGAUUACACACUUGACUACAAACCUGAUUGGAAUGGGCAUUAAGAUUCUAGCAAAGAUUACACACUUGACUACAAAUCUGAGUGGAAUUGGUAUUGAAUUGUUCGCAAAGAUUACACACUUAACUGCAAGCCUGAGUGGAAUGGGUUUUGAUUUGCUUGCAACGAUUACAGAGAAGCUUGUCAAAUCGUGGAAAAAAUAUUCAAUGACAGUCUUAUAUGUAUCGUUGACUUGUGUUGCUAUCCCGUAUAUAUGGUCAUUAUUUGUCUCUUUUUACAGCACAGAAAAGCUUGUAAAAGUUUGUGUAAAGCAUUGUGUUUCUCGUUUACAAAGUGCAAAGAAGAAAUCCCUUAAAGAUGUUUCUAAAAGUCCACGUUUACAGUUGGAUGACUUGCGUGCAGAAUGUUUCGUUUCCCAUCCGGAAAAGAGUAAAGAUUUCGAAUGUUUAAGAGAAACAAGCAACAUUAUUCAGAAAAGAGUUUGGCGGCGAAGCACAAAAGCGAUCGACCAGAUGGUUAGUGUUCGGGUCUUUGACGAGAAAUCAACAAACAAGCGUGCUUGGGAAUGGAUUGGUGUUUUACCGGACAACUCUUUUUAA